GUCAGCUAGUGGUGUGCACCCUUUGCUCCUGCGUCAUGAAAACCAAACAGAUCUGGCUCUUCUCUGCUCACAUGCUCCCUCUGCUGGCUCGGCUUUGCCUUGUCCCUCUAGAAACUAUUGUUAUCAUCAACAAAUUUGCUAUGAUUUUUACUGGCUUGGAAGUUCUCUAUUUUUUGGCAUCUAAUCUUCUGGUACCGUAUAAUCUUGCAAAAUCUGCCUAUAGAGAACUCGUACAGGUGGUCGAGGUGUACGGCCUUCUGGCCUUGGGAAUGUCACUGUGGAACCAGCUCGUGGUCCCCGUUCUCUUCAUGGUCUUCUGGCUUGUAUUGUUUGCUCUUCAGAUCUACUCCUACUUCAGCACACGGGAUCAGCCUGCCUCUAGGGAGAGGCUUCUCUUUCUCUUUUUAACAAGUAUUGCAGAAUGCUGUAGUACUCCCUAUUCUCUCCUGGGCUUGGUGUUUACAGUCUCCUUUGUUGCUCUGGGAGUUCUAACCCUCUGCAAGUUUUACCUGCAAGGCUACCGAGCAUUCAUGAAUGACCCUGCUAUGAAUAGAGGGAUGACGGAAGGAGUCACACUUUUGAUCCUGGCCGUGCAGACUGGCUUGAUAGAGCUGCAAGUUGUCCAUCGGGCCUUCCUUCUCAGUAUUAUCCUCUUCAUUGUGGUUGCAUCCAUCCUGCAGUCAAUGCUGGAGAUCGCUGAUCCCAUUGUUCUAGCUUUGGGAGCUUCAAGGGACAAGAGCCUCUGGAAGCAUUUUCGUGCUGUUAGUCUGUGCUUGUUCUUGCUGAUCUUUCCGGCUUACAUGGCCUACAUGAUCUGUCAGUUUUUCCACAUGGAUUUCUGGUUGCUGAUCAUUAUUUCUAGCAGCAUACUCACCUCCCUUCAGGUACUUGGAACACUUUUCAUUUACGUUUUGUUUAUGGUCGAAGAGUUCAGGAAAGAGCCAGUAGAAAACAUGGAUGAUGUCAUUUAUUAUGUGAAUGGCACCUAUCGAUUACUAGAGUUCCUUGUAGCACUCUGUGUCGUGGCAUAUGGUGUGUCAGAGACUAUCUUUGGAGAGUGGACUGUGAUGGGCUCGAUGAUCAUCUUCAUUCACUCCUAUUACAAUGUGUGGCUUCGUGCUCAGUUGGGGUGGAAAAGCUUUCUCCUCCGCAGAGAUGCUGUGAAUAAGAUUAAAUCACUUCCUACUGCUACCAAAGACCAGUUGGAACAACAUAAUGAUAUCUGUGCCAUCUGCUAUCAGGACAUGAAAUCUGCAGUCAUCACCCCUUGUGGCCACUUCUUCCAUGCAGGCUGCCUUAAGAAAUGGCUGUAUGUGCAAGAGACCUGCCCCCUGUGCCACUGCCAACUUAAAAACCCAACUCAGCCUCCAGGGCUGGGAUCAGAGCUGGUGCCACAGCCAAACCUUGGAGCAGAACAAAAUACUGUUCAGCAAGAGGCAACGGAAACUCCUGGUGUAGAACACCAGAAAAGGGCAAGAGAUGAACCUAUUGACAAUGGACAGGCUGUCAAAGGUUUGGGUACCCUGCAGGACUCUUUGGACACCAAGGAUAGGCCUGUCAUUCCAGAUGAUGCCUCUACCUGUGAGGUCAGCCAGGCAGACAGUGCCAUGGAAGGACUGGCUAAAGAACAGGAAGAGGCGGUAACACGAGGCCUUGGGGGUUGUAUCCAGAAUUGAACAAGCAGAGGAUGGUGCAAGCAACACUCCAGGGUCCCUUGACUGAGCAGACGGAAUCCUAACCUUUGUUGUCUUGGACAAGCUUAACUCUCAGAAUGCUGGCCAAAAUGUAUUUAUAAUAUCCCAUGCUGAUUUCUGUGAGCUGCUUGGUUUACAGGGCUCCCAGUGCAAUCCACUGGAAACUAUUUUAGAAGCUGCCGCCAUGUUGCAAAAAAGGGGCAGAAACUGAGAAAUCACAACUAAGUAUUGUCAAAAAGGAAAGUUGUAAGAAAAAUAAGAGGGGGUGGGGUGGGAAUGAAGACAGCCAGGU